UUAUAGACAAAUUUAUAUCCGCCCUCCUGAAAGCACUGCGGGAAAUGGAAGUAUUUAGGAUUUCAUUCAUAUCCCAAACGAGACGGGGACUUUGCUUUUUUAUGUAAUAUAUAUUUGAUACUGUUGUGUUCAAGGGAGGUAGAACUAGAAUUGCAUUGCACUGUCCAUUAUUCGAGUGACGUUACCAGAUUUAUAUAGGCGCAACAUUCGAGCUAGUCCCUCAACGUAUCUUUGAGAAUGGCUGGGAUAGUGAGUAGCAGAGGAUGCCACAUGAUAAGGGGUUCCCAAAUACGAGACAUCAUGGACUCCAAGCUCAACGUCCUGUUUGAUUGCGACGGAGUCAUCUGGAAUGGCGAAACGGUAGUGGCAGGUGCGCCAGAAGUAGUGACACUACUGAAACAGCAAGGAAAAAGGGUAUUUUUUAUCACGAACAACUGUACCAGGCCAAGAGGGAGCUACGUGACGAAGUUUAUCCGGUUGGGCUUCACUGAUGUCGCAGAGGAAGACAUAUUCAGCUCAGCAUACUGCUCUGCGGCUUACCUCCGAGACGUGGUGAAGGUGGAGGGCAAAGUGUAUGUCAUAGGGUGCCAGGGUGUAGUUAAGGAGCUACGGGAGGCUGGAGUUACCAUAGUGGAGGAGGAAACAGACGCACCAACAGGGACAAUUUACGACUACCCAUUGGACCCCGACGUGAAGGCAGUACUUGUGGGAUACGACGAGACAUUUGACUUCAUAAAAUUGGCCAAAGCCUCCUGCUACUUGCAAAACAAUGACUGUCUGUUUGUAGCCACCGACCCGGACCCUUGGCACCCACUGCGAGGAGGCAGAAUAACUCCAGGUUCAGGAAGCCUGACGGCUGCUGUGGAGACAGCCAGCAGCAGGAAAGCCACAGUGAUCGGCAAGCCAAGCCGCUUCAUGUUCGAGUGCAUCGCCAGUCAGUUUAACCUGGAACCCAGUCAGUCCCUCAUGGUAGGCGAUCGUCUAGAGACAGACAUCCUAUUUGGAGCAAAUUGUGGACUGGACACCAUGCUCACCCUGACUGGAGUGUCCACUCUGGAGGAGGCACAAUGCUAUAAGGACAGUGACGACCCAGAGAGGAAGGACUUUGUGCCAGAUUAUGUGGUGGAGACCAUUGCUGAUUUCAUUGAUGCAUAUGGAGAGGAAGAAGCAGGUUGAGAAGGACACUAGGAGGAGUUGACCCCUUAAGCUGUGCCUGUGCUUAGAUAGCUGGGUCAUGUUCAUUAGAGCACACAAUGGGAAGUGUUUUAAACUGCUUUACAACGGAAAGUAAAAAUUCCUUCAGUUU